CGCCCGAAGGGGCGGAAGUAAAGGUCACGUGGCGCUGCGCCCCGCAACUCCUGGAACUGCCUCAGCUCUGCCUUCGGAUCGCCGCUGCGCGGGCGACAGCAGCCCCGGCUAUGUUCUCUGUGGGGUCCGCGGCGGCCUGCAGGCCGGUGUUCACCGCCUGUCUGCCCUGGCUGAGGGCCGGCGGGCAGCGGCUCCUUCCCCUCGCCGCCUUUCACGGCUCCGCACGGUGUCCCGGCCCCAAAGUGGCUGUCGUUUUGUCUGGAUGUGGUGUCUUUGAUGGCUCAGAAAUUCAUGAGGCCUCAGCGAUAUUAGUUCACUUGAGUCGUGAAGGUGCUGAAGUUAAGAUGUAUGCACCUGAUGUUCCUCAAAUGCAUGUUAUUGAUCAUACCAAGGGACAACCGACAGAGAAUGAAAAACGGAAUGUUUUGGUAGAAUCAGCAAGGAUUGCUCGAGGCAAGAUUACUGACUUGUCAGAACUUAGAUCAAAGGACUACGAUGCUGUUAUCUUUCCUGGGGGAUUUGGAGUUGCCAAAAACCUGUGUACAUUUGCAGUCGAUGGAAAGGAUUGUAAAGUCAAUAAAGAUGUUGAACGAAUCCUAAACCAGUUCCAUAAAGAAGGGAAACCAAUUGGCUUGUGCUGCAUUUCACCAGUUCUUGUAGCCAAAGUACUUAAGGGUACAGAAGUGACAGUAGGACAUGAACACGAGGAAGAUGGGAAGUGGCCUUAUUGUGGAACCGCAGAAGCCAUUAAAGCCUUAGGAGCAAAGCACUGCGUGAAAGAAGUAACUGAAGCUCAUGUGGACGUCAAGAACAAGGUGGUCACAACUCCAGCCUUUAUGUGUGAAACAGCAUUGCACCUUAUUUUUGAUGGACUUGGGGUAAUGGUACAGAAUGUGUUGAAACUAACUAAAAAAUAAGAACCCAGAUUCUCAGUAGCAACAAAAGGCUUGAGUGCUUCCAUUCUGAGUAGAACAAAAUCAGACAUAGAGUACUUCGACCUGGUAACCUGUAUUUUUUUUCCUCUUCUGCCUCUACAUGAUGAGAAUUUAUUUUACUGGGUAAGGUAUAGAUGUUUCCUACUUGAGGAGAGGACUUUUUAAAUUGCUAAUUUAGGGAUGAAACAUUUCAUCCUAGGUUUGGUUUGAUUCACCUGUUAGAGAAGGAAGGAUUCACAAAAUUGAGAGCAGUAACUAUAAUGUGUUAUGUUUUUUUUUACAACAUACCUCUUAAGUUAAAACCUAGACCAGCUUUUGCUGGAUGGUAAUUGAAUAGGAAUAAUAUUUUGCCAUCCUAAAUAAAAUGUAUUAUAUCAUUACUUUUUAUUAUUUGAAAGUGGAGGGGUAUAAUAUUUGACUUCUCAUCUUCCAAAUCUGAUUGUAAAUGGAAGCAAUAAAAUAAAAGAAGUAAAUGCUUUGUAUUUGUUUGUGGAUUUGUACUGAUGUAGAUGGUACUAUCGCACAGAAUCCCUUUAAUCAAAGAGAAUGUGUUUAGUUCUUCAGUGGAAGCACAUUUUAACAGAUUUGAGCCUUAUGAUACAGUGAUCAAUAUGGUACCAAGAAUGUGUUCUUUUAAGUGAGUCAUUGUAGAUCUCACCCUUGGACUCAGGGAGAAGAAAGGCAAAUUGUAGGUCUUUAAAUCUAUUACACCAGUUUCCUAACCUUGUUAAGAUUUCCUGACAGUAAUUGUUUGGUUGGCUCAGAUCUGCAAACAUGUAAAAACAAAAUAAAAUUUACUGAUACAAUUGUUAUGCCAUGAAAA